ACAACCACGACCACCACAACCACGACCACCACAACCACUACAACUACCACAACCACCACAACCACUACAACUACCACAACCACCACAACCACUACAACUACCACGACCACCACAACCACUACUACAACCACGACCACCACAACCACUACAACUACCACGACCACCACAACCACCACAACCACUACAACUACCACAACCACCCCAACUACUACGACCACGACCAUCCCAACCACUUCAAGUGCCUCAACUCAGAGACCCGCCAAGCUGGUGUAUCCGCUCGUCUGCACCGUGAGCUCGACGUACGACGGUAGUGUGAACCUACCGCGCGACGGCCUGUGCGGGUACAUCUUUUUCGAGUCCCUCUACAAGCACGGCGACAACCCUCUGACGGCGAGGCUGAGCCCGGACGUGGACUCGUUCGCCAGCAAAGCGAGGCACAACACCUACACCGAGUUCGGCAUGUCGUUUGCCAUCGAGUGA